AUAGCAAUACAUAAAUUCAACAAUAUGUUCCAUGGAUAGCAACAAUAUAUUGUGUAAAGUUUAGACACAUUUAAUUUUAAUUUACAUUUUUCUUCUCAUACUUCUUCUCAUCAACGAUUUAUAUAAAAAUACAUUUUACAACUUUUUAAUAAACACGCACACACACACACACACACACACACACACACACACAUAUAUAUAUAUAUAUAUAUAUAUAUAUAUAUAUAUAUGAAUUUAUAUAAAAUUAAUACUAAAAUAACACUGGUUGACGGUAAGUACUGGCAUUAGAAAUACUGAAAAUGACAACACAAUCGAAAAAAGUUAGCAGAGGUUGGAAACCUUUCUUUAUUCAGUAGAGAUGGGAUGUCAAUGUGUCAAAAUCUAUACAGUGCAGAACCAUUUUAUAACUUUUACAUUUCAUCUCUAUCACUGUCAUCAUCUGUAUAGGUUUAAAUGGUAUUUAAAAGUUACAAAUUAAUAUUAAGAACAUCUGUAUAAAUCCUUGACCUUAUGUUGUAUUGUAUUUAAUUGUAUUGAUGCGGUGCCCAACCGCUAGAUGUCAAUCAAAAGUUUUUUUCUUAAAGUUUUUAGUAUUAAGAAAGUGAAACUAAUGUUUUCUCGAUUUUUUGUUACAGAAUGUGGUAGUUUUAAUCGGACAGAUCAUCGCUGGUAUGUUUUUUAAAGAUGACUCUCUGAACAAUGAAUUAUAGUUAAUGUUAAUUGUAAUGCCUUAAUUGAUGACACAUAACACUGAUUAAUAAGUUGUUUUAUGAAAUAAUGUCAGUUUGCAUUCGUGACAAUGUCGGAAAAUGAUUUAAUCGUUAUUACAAUGUGUGCCUAUUAACAGAGCGAAAUCUUUCAGCAAAAUUGUAAACGUACUCGGUUUAAUGCUUAACCACAGGAUGACAUUAUUGAGUGGAAAUCUUUUCUCGGUUGUUCUGUUUUAGUUGGAGGCAUCCGGUUUCGGCCACACUGCGUAUUUAGAAUAAAAUGCAGUUUGUUUUUCUUCCAAAAAAAAUCUACCUUCUCACACUUUGCCAGAAAGUAUUGGGUGCAUGAAACUAUUUACAUAACAGCCAUCUUCCAUUUGAUUAACCUGUGAUACUAGGCUCGCUGGAAAUCUCGACUUUUGAAUGGACAUGUCAUUUAUAUAAUUGUUUUACCUUGUCGUAUUUGUCUGUGUCAUUCUUAUAACACAGAUUAAUUCUUUCACUUUUAACCUAACUAAAUAAUAAUAACUGGUUAUGAUUAUUGUGAAGGAGUGGGAAGGCCGACAUCCAUUACGUGAAUUCCUUUAACAAUUCCUUCGUCAUGUUUUGCUGCUUAAUUUUUAAUGAAUAUUUGGGUAAGGAGAAUUACCAUUAUUAUUUAUUCCAAGUAAUUUCCCCAUUUUCCAGUUAUGGAUCUCAGCAGCAUUUCUCUUCUGCCUGAGGAACACAAGUGUCCAGUAUGUCUGGAUGUGUUCACUGAUCCAGUCUCCACUCCAUGUGGACACAACUUCUGCAAAAGCUGUCUGAAACAAUGCUGGGACAACAGUCAGGAUUACAGAUGCCCUUAAUGUAAAGAAACAUUCAGCAAAAGACCUGAAUUAAAGAGCAACACAGUUCUUAGAGAAAUUGUACAUCUCUUUGAAAAAAACAGGACAGCCCAGUAAUGCAUCAGCGGUCCAUUAUCUGAGGAGCUCCAAUGUUCCAUCUGUUUGGAUCUAUUCAGUGAUCCGGUUUCCGCUCCAUGUGGACACAACUUCUGUAAGACCUGCCUGGAAAUGUUCUGGGACAGCAGUCAGAAAUGCAUCUGCCCAUUUUGCAAAGAAACCUUCGACGAAUAUCCUCGUCUAAGGUGCAACACAGCUCUUAGAGUGAUAGUGCAACUCUUUGAGAAAAGCACAGGCUACAAAAAGGAACCCGUGAUGUUUGAAUAUUCACAACCAUUAGAAACGGAGGACCAAGAAGAGACUCUGUGCAAACCUUCAGAAACGGCUUCCUCAAGCAGUGUCCUGACAGAAAACCUCAAGUGUUUGAUUUGUCUGGAGCUGUCCACUGAUCCCAUGAUGACCCCAUGUGGACAUACCUUCUGUAAGGCCUGCCUGAAGGAAUUCUGGGAAGGCAGUCAUGGAAACACAUGUCCAUGCUGUAAAGAAAAUUCCACCAAGCGAGUGGAUCUUAGACACUGUGAGCGUCAGUUGUCUCAGUCUGAAAUCCUGAUGUGGCAGAGCUCUUACCUUGAGCCUCAUGAGAAAGUCAUAAACAUGAAACAAGUCACGAUGCUUGACCGUGUGGAGGAUAUCAAUCCUAAAAUAAUCCAGAAACCUAACCGAGCUCUGGAGAUGUUCUGUGGAGGUGAUCAGACAUCUGUGUGUCAGUCCUGCACUGAGGGAGACCACGAGACUCACAACACAGUUCUUGUAGAAGACAAGAGUAAAGAGAAGAAGACUCAGGAGAUGAAGACGCACAAACUUGUGCAGCACAUGAUCCAGGACACAAUGAAGAUAGAUCACAAAAUCAAACACUCUGAAGUGAAAAUGAGCAAAACUCCGGAGAUGAAAAUGCUCACGAUUGUGCAGCAGAUGAUCCAGGUCACAAUGAAGAUAGGUCAAGAAAUCAAACACUCUGAAAUAGAGAUGAGCAAAAAAAAUUAAGAGAAAGAAGACAACUUUGAGCUCUGUGCUCAUCUGAAAUACUCCUUUGAGAAAUGUCAGAUGACAUUUUUUGAUCACUGGGGGAAGACCAGGAUGUAAUCUGUCAUUUCUGCUUUCAUCCUUUUCUAUCUACAGAAUGUUGCCUUUGAUGCCUUUUUAUUAUGCCCCUUUUUACAAUAUUUAAGCUAAGUCUCUGGUGUCCCCAGAAUGUGUUUGUGAAGUUUCAGCUCAAAAUACUCCAGAGAUCAUUUAUUAUAUCAUUUUGAAAAUGCCUAUUUUGAGUGGAAGCUUAUAGUUGUUCAGGCCUGUCUCUUUAAAUUACAGCUCGGACCUGCUAGUGAAGUCCUUAGCAAUGUAUAUUAAUAAUCAGAAAGUAAUGUUUAUCUAUGUAAAGUAGGAAAUUAACAAAAUAUCUUAAUGGAUCAUGAUAAUUUUAACAAAUACUAUGUAUUGUCUAUUGCUAGAAAUAUACCCCAGUAACAUAAGACUGGUUUUGUGCUCAAGGGUCACAUAUUAUCAUAGUACUGACUAACUUUUUUUCUUUAUUAUUAUUUUUUUUUUCAUUCUGUUCUGUUUUAAUGGUUUGUUCAUAUGUCAAGUAUGUGAUUGUUUGUAUUUUUUUUUAUUUUCAAAUAUGCUUAAGAAAAAAAAAGAACAAAUCAUAAAAAAAAAAGAAAAAAAAAAGCUUUCUUGUAUCUCAGUAUGCAUUAGCAUGUAUAGUUUAGAUGAAGAGUUUAAGCACUGGCUUCCAAGCAUUGCUGUUUGUCAGUGGAAUGACUUGUAUCUUGCUCAGCUGGUCAUGUCUGGGAUGACGCCACCUGUUUUUUCCAAAAUGAGUAAAGUGAGCAGGCAGAAAAAAAUGUUUGAGAAAACCCUUUGGAAAUUAUUUUAGUUUGCAUAGAAAUUCCACACCUUGAAAUCACUGUUUGAUUGCAGCUGUUUUAUAUUUUGCUUGUUUACUCACUCUAUACUGUAACCACAUCUGAAAACUUUUGUAAUCUUGUUGGCUGAAUAAAUUCUAGGGAUCACA